AUGUCUUAUUUUGAGGAUGCCAUUAGCCAGUACGGUUUACCAUCUCGUGUACGGGGAGAUCACGGUGGUGAAAAUGUUUUGGUUGCCCAGUUCAUGACCCAAGAGAGAGGUGAGGGGAGAGGAAGCUUUAUAGCUGGGCCCUCUACCUGUAAUCAACGAAUAGAACGUCUCUGGAGGGAUGUAUUUAGGUGCGUAUGUUCUCUCUUUUAUGGUGUUUUUUACGCGCUAGAGGAAGGAGGAUACUUACAUACCAGCAAUGACAUUGAAAUGUUUGUAUUGCACUUUAUAUUUGCGCCACGAAUUAAUCUAGCCCUGAGUGAAUUUUGCAGCGCAUCAAAUUUACGACCAGUGAGAACUGAACACAACUGGUCACCAAAUAGAUUGUGGGUGAAUGGUAUGAUUAACCGCCACUAUGUGGAUCCUGCCUUGAAUGAGCCAACGCCCUCUGACCUGGAAUAUUAUGGCAAUGAUCCAGAGGGACCGGCUUCACUGGAAGAACAUGGCUCAGUGGAAGUUAGUGACAUUGUAAGCCCCCUCGAUGAAGACGAGUUUGCAAAAUUUGCUCAAUUUGUUAGUCCACAAACCGAAUCAGAAAGCUAUGGCAUUGACAUAUUUAUCAGGGCCCUUGAAGUUAUAAGAACAAUUCGACAAAGAAAUAUCUGA